CCCCCCCCUCGCCUCAGCCAUGUCCCUCGCCACGAUCCCUCAGAUCUCGGCCGAAUGGACACAGGUCCUCCUCGGCGAGGCGGCCUCCGUCCUGUCGGCCCUGCGCACCGCGAUGGCCACACACCGGGACUACGGGACUCUGCAUGUCCUGUCCCAGCGUCUGGAAGCCCUGAAGGCCGAUGUGGAGCUCCACCGGGAUUAUGACUUCAUGGCGCAGCGGGUGUGUGUUAACCACUGCCGGGUGUGCUCGCCGGCCGGGGGGCCCCCCUGGCCGGGGCAACCCGGCGGCCUGCCCAGCUGGCCGGUGUGCCUGAAUGGCCCGCUGACAACGCUGCUGGAGCCGUUCCUCUGUUGUCUGGAACGUGGCCAGGCGCCGGCCGGUGUGGCAGUGUCGGUUCUCGGCAGCCUGGAGCGUCUGCUGACGGCCGGGCUCCUGCGCGCCGGGCCGACCCCCUUCUUCUGCCUGGCCAGCAGCCAGGCCCCCUUCGCCCUGCUGCACCAGCGCAUGCAGCAAUCGUCCGCCCUGCUGGCCGUGUGUGGCAUCCUCUCCCGCCAUACCCUGGACUCGGAGGAUUUCCUGGCCAGCGAGGCGGUCCUCCUGCACAUCACCCAGGUCCUGCGCGCGGUGUGCGCCGUGUCGGAGCAAACCCUGACCGAGGCAUCCGCCGGGCUGGACACCUACCUGCAGCUUCUACAUGGGCAUUGGGCCUUCGGGGCGGCGCAUGUUCCCCUGCCGGCCGAUGUGGGUUGCCUCACGGACGCCGGGCUUUCCCAGGCACUGGUCAUUUGCCUGUCCAUUGUGACCCACCUGCGUCUGAGUGAAUUCGUGCGCCAAUCGGCCGAGAGUACCUUGCAUGCAUUGGUCCGGCACAUGGGCCGCCGGUUGCGCUUCUUCGUGCUGGUGUCCUCGCGCGUGGGGAACCCCUGCAGCCAGGCCAUCCUCAAGGACCCCGCCGCGAGUGGGGCCUCCCCUUCGGGCCGGCCGGCCCCCAUGGCCGGCUCGUGCGCCUGCCCGGAUGACUAUCACUUUGAUGAGGUGCUCCUGGCCACGCAAAUGGAUCGGGCCUUUCACUUUGGCGGUGCCGGGCCCUCGGGCCCGGUGACCAUUGUCCCCUCGGAGCCCACCCUGCCGGUGGCCACGGCCGGGGCCGAUGCCGGCGGCGGGCUGGCCGCCAUGCCGGGCUGCGCCGGCGGCACCCCGGCCCCGGAGUCUCGCGCGGCCGUUCGCUCGUCGUACCAAACCCGCGAUGGGGUCACCCCGCGCGAUGGCAUCGUUCACACCUCCUCCAUGGCCUUCGACUUCUAUGAGCGCCCGGUGUCCACCUGGUUUGCGGACCUCUUUGACCGGCUGCUGGAAGGCGAGGCCGGGGCCCGGGCCAUUGCCGAGCGUGUCCGGCCCCAGGCCCGGCCUCCGGGGCUCUUUUGCGGGUCACUGGCCGCCGUGUUUGUGCUGCUGCGCUAUUGCGAGGCCUUCAUCAACCCGGCGGAGCUCCACAGCACCGACACCCUGCGCCUGCUGGGGCUGAACAUGCUGUGUGCCCUGUUCGAGGCCGGGGCCGAUGCCCUGGGGCAGCUUCGCCUGCUGGCACAUGCGCGCCUGCCGCAGGUGAUGAAGCACCUGUUUGGCCUGCUCGGGGCCGCCGGGGUCGGGGGUCUCGGCGGUGCUGGCCCCGGGGGCGGCGGCGUCCUCGGCGUGGCCGGCGGGCUGGGCGGAGCCGGCCCCGGCCCGAGCCCAAGCGGGCCCAAGUCCGACCGGGCGGCCGUGCUGCUGGCCAUGGCAUCGCGCUGCUUGCAGCUCCUUUUCCAUGCGAAUCCCCGCCGGCUGCGGACAUAUCGCAUCUUCUUCCUGAAGAGUGCGGCCCGGCGCUUCCGCGAUCCCGACUGCCCGGGCGAUGUGAAGUUGGCCUUCUUGGAGCUUCUGCGCGCCCUGCUGGUGGACAUUCCCUUCCAGGCGGCCUCCGACCCGCGGGAUACCAUCCUUCGCCCGAUGUACCCGGAACAGGCGCUCUUUGUCAAUGUCGACUGUGUCCUGGGGCUGGAGAAUGUCUUCACCACCUGUCUGCAAGCGGUCAGUGAGUUUGCCUCGCCACCGGCCGGGCCCGGGGUCGGGCGGCCGGAGGACCGCUUGAAGCUCCAACUGGUGGCCGAGAGCAUCAUCCAGCUGCUACUCCGGCGUUUGGUCUUCCGGUCGCGCUCGCGCGCCGGAACCGGCGCCAUCGCCACCAGCGCGGUCGAUGUGGCUGCCUACAAUCGCGAUCUCUUUGAUCCGCUCACCCAUGCGGCCGGGCUGGCCCACUUCGCCACAUUCGAUCCCACCUCGAGGGCCGACCCUGCUGGUGGUCCGGCACGCAGCCCGGACGGCCAAAUGGUGGAGUAUCUGCUUGUCCAUGCGCGCGUGCAGAAACUUUGGCUCCUCCAUGCGGCUGGCAUCUUCCAUGAGAGUACACACAAGAAUGCCCUGCAGCGGCUGCAUGAGCGCGGGGUCAUCUCUUCGGUCGACGAUCACCAGGAGGUCGCUCGGCUCCUCCACUUGAUGGGCUUCGCCCUCGACAAGAAGCACCUGGGGGCCUUUCUCCGGCAUGGCGAUAACCAGCCGAUCCUGAAGGCCUUCCUCGAGCAGAUCGACUUCGCCAACUUGCGCCUGGACCAUGCCUUGCGCCGGACGGUCGAGUACUUCCACAUUUUCGGCGAAACCCAAGUCAUCGACCGUGUGCUACAGACCCUCUCCCAGGUGUAUCUGUCGCAGCAGGAGCCGAUCCCCGGGACUUCGGACGCCGCCACGGCCCAGGGGGUCACGGUGCAUGUGGAUGGGGCGUAUAUCUUGCUCUUCUCCAUCAUGAUGCUGAAUACCGAUCAGCACCGUCCAGACCUGAAGCAGCGCAUGACCGUCGAGGCGUUCCUGUCGAACAACCGAGGCAUCAACAAUGGCGAGGACUUCCCGAAGGAGUUCCUGACCCAGAUCUACCACGACAUCAAGAACGAUGAGAUCAAGUACCCCGAGCAUUGGGACAACUCGCUGACCGACGACCUGAACUGGGGCCUGGCCACGCGGGCUCCGGCCUCGGAGGACAUCCUGCGCUUUGUGGAUGCGGACGAUUUGUCGCUCUUGUGCGAUGCCAACCUGCUGAUGGCCAUCGGCCCGGCCCUGGUCGACUCGCUGGCGGCCAUUGUCCACCGGCUGGGGAGCUCCCGAGCCGGGGCCGGGAUCUUUGACCACCCGGCGCUGCGGGCCAGCACACGGAAGAACCUCGGCGCCGGGAGUGCACACGGUGGGGCCGGGCCCGCCGGCUCCGGCACCUCGGUGCCCGUUGGCUUCCACCACAACCAUCACCUGACCCCGGGGCCGACAUUUGUCCAGGCCGGGUCGUCCCGACUGCCGCCCGAUGAGCCGGCCUUUUGGGAUGCCUGCUACCAGGGGUACCUGUCCGCCCAGCCGGGGCUGGAUGAGCCGGCUGCCGGGCCCUCCGGCCCCGAGCUGGACGAAGACAACUGGCAGGAUCCCGCCAGUGAUGAGGAUGCGGCAGCCAUGGCGGCCGAUCCGACGACCGCCAUGGCCACCACCGCCGGCGCCAAGAGCACCACGGUGGCUUCGGCCUCGCCAAGCAUUUCGGCCACAUCGCCCAGCGCACCGGAGGCCCUGUCCCCGGUGGCCCGGGUGCUCAAACUGCUGGAAGACCUGUCGGACAUUGCGGCCGAAUUUGAGAAUACCUUCCUCUUCAGUCGCGUCAUCAACCACUUGGCCAUCUUCUCCAGUCUGCUGCCCCUUUCGGUGAGCUACCUCCCUCCGCCGGAGGCUCCCUCGCCCCCGAAGGACGUGGUCUUGGUCUCCCUGUCACAGCCACUGGAGCCCAUCAGCCAAGUGAUGCCGCCCCUGAGCCAAGUCAAUGAUGAGGACCUGCUUGGGUGGCUUCGUGACCGGGGGGCCAAUCGGGAAAGGCGGCUGGCUCGCUUUGGGGCAGCCUCGGACGGCAUCUGCCGGAUGUCUGCCUGGCUUUUGUUCUCGCAGAUCCGCAAACAUCCCUCAAUUGCCAUUCGCGACCUGAGCUCCUUCACCCUGGCGCUGGUGUGCAUGCAGUCGCUGUACUCGCCACUGCGUGCCCUGCCACCGGGACUCCAGGCCACCAAGGACAUCUACCGGCUGACAUUCAACCUGCCAGCCGUGUCCACCUAUGAGGCGACCAUCUGCCAGCGUGUGAGUGCAUGGCAGACGCUGGUCAGCCAGCGGAAUGCCUCGCGCGCGCCAUCCAGCGGGGAGUUCCUGUGGAGCGCAUUGUCCUUCUUCUAUUCGUCCGACACGCCGAAGGCCAGCUCGCCGGCCGGGUCGCGCGGGACCAGCCUCUCCGGGGACCCGGACGCGGCGGCCGACGCAUCCGCGGCUGCCGGCGCCGCAGCCGGCAAUGCCGCCACAUAUGCCCUGUAUCCGGCCCUGCCAGCCUCCGCUGGCAAUGAUCGGACUCUGUCUGAGGAUGCCAAUGGCCAGCUUGAGGGUGCGGCUGCUGACAAGACGCGCCGGAUCGUGGCCACUUGGGACUUGGGCGGGCUGCUGAGCCAACUGUCACAGACGCUGGUGUCGGCUCUGCGUGGCUCGGGCCACCGGAGCUCCCUGGAUUUGGACGAUUUGUUGGCGGUCCUUCGGGCUUUGUGUGCCGCGGUCCGGGGGCGCCUUUCCCCCUGUGGGGUGUUGACUCCGGCGCGCAAGCUGGCCGCUGGCCCGGGCGCCGGGAAGAAGUCCUCCAUGGGACGGUCGCAGUCGCGCUCGCGCGCUUCUUCCGGGUAUCUCCCGCGAUUGGCCGGGGAGACGGUCCCCGGAGGCAGUGGCCCCAGUUCGGAUGCCAGCUCCGCGUCGUCCUCCUCGCUGGCUCUUUCCGGGGCCGAAACAUUGCCGGAUUUGCCGCCCUCCCAGCAGUCGACCGCCAGGCCGGGAUCUCCCCGUCCGGAGCUGCAAGUGGUGGUGAGCGAUGUGCCACCGGCAACGGGCGCCGACAGCCCUCCGGCGGGGGGGGCCCCUGCCCCGCCGGAGAUGCUGGCCCUGCCAAUGGCAUCGAUCGAGACGGUCGAAGUGUCCACUUCCGCCGAGCCGGCGGCAUCGCCCGGGGCCGCUUCGCCGACCGGCGCCGGGAGCUCGUCCACUGCGUCGUCAUCCUGCUCUUCGCUGGCGGCGACAAAGGCCCUGGCAUCGGGUCCCGCCCCGGGGGCCGGCCUGUCCCCGGCACAUGACGAUUUUGCUCCCUUUGUGUCGCCCUUUGACUUGGACUUGAUCCCGGAGGGUGGCGCGGCGCUGGUUGACGGUGAGCCGGGUGCCCCGGCGGCCGCCUCGGCCAAGGUCCCGGCAUUGGACUUUGUGCUGGUGCAGCAAUCCUUCGAUGAGCCUGCCGCAGCCUUCUUCCUGGAGCAAGUGUAUCACCUUGUGUCGGCGACGGCCGCCCUGCCGGACCCGAGCACCCCCGGCCAGCCGCUGAUCUUCCGCACGUGGCCCGUGGUGCAGCAGCUCUUUGUGGAUGUCCUCUCAAGCGGCACGCCCGACGGGCAGCCUGACGCCGAUGCCGAUGCCGCCCUGGAGUGGCCGGCCGGUUUGGUGGAUCGUGUUCUCUUCUGCUAUAGUGUCCUUCUGGAGGAGUGUCUGCUGCCAUUGGCCGCGGCCCACCGGCCGCACUUGGCCCCGGCGUCGUUCGCCACCUUCCUCGAGGCCCUGCGCGCUCGUGGCAUCGCCCAACGAUUCAAGCCCCUGGUGGCGGCCAGCCUGCAUCGGCUGCUUUCCCGGCAUCGUGACGUGCUCCUUCGGCCGACCGAUUCUGCGACCCCGGCGGCCGGCCUGGCACCCUGUCCAAAUAUCCGCCUUCCGCUGUUGGAACUGCUCCAGGCGGUGUGCGAUGACCCGCUGGCGGCCAGUCACAUUUUGGCCCUGCUGGAGGAGACGCUGUCCAGCCAGGCCACGAGCGCCGGGUUCUUCGACCCGACAGCCGGCCCGCCGGUUUCCGAUCGCCAUGCCUUCCAUUAUGGGAAUGUGCCUGAUACCCUGAGCAUGACCAUCGGCCUGCUGCUUGGGAUAUCGCUGGGAAGUUUGCCCAUGGCUGGGACCAGCUCCGGGAGCACCACUCUCCCUGCCAUGCCGCCUGGGACACUGGACAUCCAGCCCCCCGGGUUGGGCGAGCGCUUCGCCACGCCGGCUCGGCGGUCGAUGGUUGCGCUGGCCCUGCUGAGCCAGGUUCAUGACCGUCUAUCGACGAUCGCCCCUUUGGCUCUUGGAUUUGAUGAAAUCUUCCGCCGGUACCAGUUGCCAAUCCUGUCGGGCCUGUCGCUGAAUUCCUUCCAGACCGAUUGCUUGGUUCGGCGCGAGGCCGUCACGCACCUGGAGAGCUGCGUCCUGUCCAAGAGCAGCGUCCAGCCGUCUCUGUCCUGGCGGCCAAGCUCUCCGGAUCCGAGCGACGAGCCGCCUGCCGCGAGCCAGCCCACCCGGGCGCCCCUCUCGUCGGAUGUCUAUUCGGCUUGCCUCAAUAAGCUUCUUUUCCCGCUGGUCGACGGGCUGGCUCUCUCCUCGCCGGACGCCUUCAUCGAUGCCGCUUGCUCCUUUGCUCGGACGCCGGCCGGUCCACUGAAGGCCGCCUGGCGGGCAACCGCCCGGUCGGAUGGCGAUCAGCUCGGCGAGCAGCGUGUUCGUCUGACCAAAAUCCUGGAAACCUUCUUCCUCAAGUACCUGGCCAUCCUCUCCUGGCGGCCGGACUUCCCGGACCUGUGGCAGGCGGUUCUCCGGCGCUUUUCGGCGUAUGUUCAGCAGCCGGGAGCCCACUUGGCCCUUGGAUCCAUGGCCCCCGGGGCCGGUGGCGGCCCAUCCGGAUCCGCUGCGAAUGACCACCUCCUGGACAAGGUCCCGGAAUCGGUCAAGAACAUGAUCUUGGUCAUGAAUGCCCUCGGGGUGUUGGUCCCGCCGAGCCCGGUCCCCGGGCAUGACGCCGCCGUCCUGGCGCAGCUCCAGCAUCCGGCAUCCGAUGGCGGCCCCGGGACCGGGACCUCGGCGGCCCCGGGGCAGCAUCCUUGCCCGCGGCCGGACGUCUGGCACGCCACCUGGGAGGUGAUUGCCCGGGCCUUCCCCCGGCUGAUGGACAGCCUCGGACCCCUUUGGUCACAGGCAGAGGCAGCGACGGCGGCGGCGACGGCGACGGCGACGACAAUGACGGCAACGAUGACGGCCGCCCGUCCCACCUCGCCUGCCCCUCUCGCUGCCAACGGUGCCUCGAUGGAGGCUCCCUCUGGCUCGGGACAUGCGCCAGUUGCCGCCAUGGCUCCUGCGCAACCCCCCGUGGCUGCUCCUCCCUCCGCGGAGGUUGCCUCGAAUCCCGGGCAGACCCUUGUGAGCGCCGGGCAUGUCGCCCGUGUGUCGGCGGAUGGACCUCUUGAACAACAGCCGCAGCUGCCGCAGCAACCGCCGCAGCUGCAACAGCAGCAACCACAUCUGACCAAUGCUCCCCAUCUGAGCCCAAAGGCCGACAUCUCCCAGUCAGCCGAUCUGCUGGUGGCCCCUCCGCCCUCCGGACCUCCGGCUGCAGGCCCACCCCCCGGCAUGAUGGUCGCUUUGCCCUCCAACGCGGCCAUCAACAUGGCUCAGGCCCCGGGAAUGAUGCCUGCCCCGGCUGCUGAUGCGACGGCUGGUCCGCAGCUGCUGCCGAUGUCAGCCCCGACGAUGGUGGCCCCCCCGCCGCCUGUGUCGGCUCAUGCUCCGGCGCCCGUGGCAUUCAUGCCGCCGGUGCCUGGCAAUGUGGCCCCGAAUGGUGUCUACUUUCCGAUCCCCAUGAUGCCGCCAAACUCCUCGCCCUACCCCCUGCCGGUGGGUGUCCCUCAGUUUGUCCCGUACCUCGCGCCAGCUCAACCGGCUCAGCACCCGCAGCAGCUCCCCCAUGCAGCCGGCGUGAAUUCGAUGGUUGCCCCCCCGCCGUUGCCCCAAGCGAUGCUCGGCUCCACCGGACAACUUCCUGUUCCUCCUCCUCCUCCUCCCCCUGCCUCCCAAGGCCAAUGA